GUCGUAGCUGGGCAGCCAACAAAAAAAAAAAAAACGACCACGACUUCACAACAAAACAUGGGUGAAAAUGAAGAAUUUACCGACUAUUUAGAAGACAGCAAGGCCGCGUACGUGCUCAGCAAUGUCGCCGAAGUGGUCGAGCGGAUCCUGACGUUCGUGCCAACCAAAUCGCUGAUGCGGGUCGCGAGGGUGUGCAGACUGUGGAGGAACUGUGCCCGCAGGGUGCUGAGGACCCAGCAGCAGCUGACCUGGGUGUCGGCCUGCGGGCCGUCCGCCUCGGGGGCCCACGUCCUCUGCAGCAUCCUGGCCGAGGAGGUGGAGAAAGUGUUUCUCCUUCCCAAAACGGUUCUGACACUAGUAGACUUAGAAAGCUUCAACGGACGACUUGAUAGCAGACAAAAUAAAGCAAAAAAGGAUCGCCACAGUCAAGACACUGUUGAACAGCUGAAUCAGCUCUUCCCCAAAAGCUGUGACAUCAUGGGUAUCACCACGCCGGGAAUAGUCUUGACUCCCAGUGGCUCCGGCCUUCCUCGGGAGUACCAGGAGGGGGAGGCUGGCUUUGCAAUCAUGUUUCCCAGCAUAGACGGUGUCAACAUCAAGCCCUUUCAUUUUUGCAAGAAGUCCAUUUGUACGGCGGCUCUGAAAGAAGCAGGACUUGUUGACAACCCGGAGCUGCGUGUGGUACUGCUCUUUGUCUAUGAGGCGUUUAAACCUGGAGGACUACACCUGCUCAGCCAGAUACUGGAGCCUCUGGCCAAGAGCAAAGCCCUCAUUGCAGGAGGGCUGGUAGAAAGUGUUUUCUCUCCUCCUAGACACUGCUGUAGCCAGGGGGCGUUCGGCGUGGUGGGUCUGGCCCUGAGCGGCCCCAAGGUGCAGGGGGCAUCUGUGCUCUUGGACCAAGAAAUCAGCAACCCAAAAGCGGCCGAAGCCACCAUCCGGCGGCUGAAAGCAGCCAAAAUUCCCGAGAGGAACACCCUGGGGUUCAUGUUCGCCUGCGUGGGGAGAGGCCAGAACUACUACCAGAACCAGGCCAACGUAGAGGCCGACGCCUUUCACAAGGUGUUCCCCAACACGCCACUCUUCGGCCUGUUCGGCAACGGCGAGAUUGGCUGCGACCGCAUCGUCAAAGACGACUACACGCUUUGCGACACUGACACGGACAGUCUGCAGCACGAAUACACCACUGUCAUGACCCUGAUCCAUUUGGGCUGACUGACCACUGCAGCGGUAGUGAAAGAAACAUGCAAGAAGGGGGCGAGAAACAUUUUCCCCACGUAAUGACUCCACAGGGGAAGUUGUGUCUCUCUGAGACUGAGUUUCACAAAGUUUUAAUAUUAGUAUUAAAAUGUGAGUUUCUUGUAAAAUAUAUGUAUAUAUUUUUCCUAAAUCUUGCUCAUAUUCAAGGCCUUUCUUACCCACUGACAUUAACCUCAUGGUCCGUUUUGUUUUCAAGGUCAGUGAGAAUAUACAAUGCGUGUCCCACAAAGUUGUAGUUGGUGAUUCGACGAAGGCACUUUGUAUUCAUGUAAGAGGAGCGUGCUCCCUCUUCUACACAAUCGUGGCAGUUUUGAUUUACAAAUUAAAACUCUUUUGCAAGAGAUCUAUCGGUCAUGGUUGGAUUGGCCACAGGUGCAGUCAGAAUGUUGCAGUGCCUCUUUUUUUCCCUCCUAAGAAAGGGUACACAUGCUGCCCUGUAUACUCUUUAGUUCGUUGUCUAAGUGGCACGGACAAGCAGAAACUCUCAAUCUCAUCUGAAUUGAGUCUCCGCUCUAAAAUUUCUAACUUGAGGAAAUAUUGUAAAGUUAUACUUUCCAAAGUUAAAAGUCAUUUGCAUUGAUUAUGAUGUAAUUGCUAUCAUUUGUUAAGUAAAUAGUGUUUAUUUUUGAAUGACUAAAUGGGGUCCAGAUUUCACACAUGCCUUUAUAGAAAAUAAAAACCAUUAAUGCUUUCUAAAUGUUAUUUUCAAGAUGGCUGUUAUUAAUUGAUGCCAUUUGCCUCACUAUUUCCAUUAUAUGUAACCAGUAGCUGUUCAGAUUUCCAAUCAAAUCUCUUUCAGUGGUUGUUGCAUGAAGAGCUCUAUUUGAGGAAAUUUCAAAAUAUUGAUUAAAAAAAGUUCCUCUAACAAAUCCUCUUGUUUCCAUAAUACACAAAUAUCCCUAUUAGUCGUUGAGGAGGAAAGUAAAAUUUUUCUUUUUUUCCUGACGAUGCACUUUUCUACACGUGCCAAUUAAAAGACACACUGCUCUGCUCACGUGCUCAAUAAAUGAUCUCCAACACGUGGA